AUGGAUACCCUGAAUAACAGAUCAAGUGUUUCUGAGUUCAUCCUACUGGGACUCUCUAGUUCUCGAGAAAUCCAGAUUCUCUUCUUUGCCAUCUUCUUUCUUGUCUAUGUAGCCAUCGUAGUGGGAAACUUUCUCAUUGUGAUCUCUGUGAUAUUUGAUAACCAUCUUCACUCCCCCAUGUAUUUCCUUCUGGCAAAUUUAUCAUUCUUUGAUUUAUGUCUUUCCUCUGUGGCAACUCCCAAAAUGAUUGCAGACUUCCUUAGAAAAUGCAAGACCAUUUCCAUGUGGGGCUGCAUGACUCAGAUGUUUUUUAUGCACUUCUUUGGGGGUGGUGAGAUGUCUCUCCUGAUAGCUAUGGCCAUCGACAGGUAUGUUGCCAUAUGCAAACCUUUGCACUACCAGACCAUAAUGAACCACAGAGUGCUCAUUGUGCUUCUACUGCUCUCGUGGACAACUGGGUUCAUACAUAGCACAAGCCAAAUGGUUUUCACAGUGGGUUUACCUUUCUGUGGUCCCAAUGUUGUGGAUAGCAUUUUCUGUGACCUGCCCCUGGUCAUUAAGCUUGCCUGCACUGAGACCUAUAACCUGGAGCUCUUGGUGAUUGCAGACAGUGGGCUCCUGUCCCUGGUCUGCUUCAUUCUGUUGCUCACGUCCUACAUCAUCAUGUUGGUCACCAUCUGGCAGCAUUCCUCCAGUGCAUCCUCCAAGGCUGUGUCCACACUGUCUGCUCAUAUCACUGUGGUAACUCUCUUCUUUGGCCCAGCUAUCUUCAUCUAUGCAUUUCCAUUCAACAGUUAUUCUGUAGAUAAGUUUCUUUCUAUAUUUUAUUCUGUAAUCACCCCCCUCUUUAAUCCAAUUAUUUAUACUCUGAGAAACCAGGAAAUGAAGGCAGCCAUUAAGAGACUGAGCAGCCAACAUAUUCUUGGCUGGUUCCUUAAAUUCUGUUUGUAA